ACUCUCACUAAGUCACAUUGCCGCGGAGUGUUGUAGACAUCAUAGAAAAAAGUAUUUAUUACAGGUGCACAGUAUAAUUUAUUAAGCAAACAGGAUGACACUUGACUUGUGGAUAUUCUAUAAAACAUGCAGGCAUCUAAAGUGCAUUCGUUUUUUUUGUUCUGGGACGAAGAAAUACAUCUUUCUAAAAAUGCAUAAUUGCCCAAUUGGAAAUGAUCAAAAAUGCUGGAAAAAUCUCUUCAAACUAGCAGAAACGAUCCCACAUCUUAAUACAUAUCACUCGGAUGCAUUAAAAUUAGACUAUAAUAUAUGGUUCCGGAAUUCUAAUAUAGCAACACCAAAAUGCAUUGCGGUCGCAUAUUGAUCAAAUAUAUACAAUUUGACUUAUUGGUAAUUUUGGCCACUAUAAGGCUUGGAAACGCAAAUUAUCAUGGAUCACGCAGUCGGGAAAGAAAUUUAAGUAAUAGCAACGGAGUCAAAACUGAAGAAUCAUCACAUAUCGUAAAUUCCGGUGGCGUGAGAACAGUUGGUGAAGUGUUUGUACCAAAAACCUUUUCACUUAAUUCACAGGAACCAACAUGCGAACAGCUUCGCGCCAUGUGGAUGCAAUCCCGAGCUGCAGAAAUAACUAAUGAAAUACCAACAUAUAGGGAUCCCUUUACUUAUAAUGUUUGGGAACCUCUUUUGUUGAACUCUCGAAUCCUGGGAUCAUUAAGGAUGAGCGCAAGGGAGAGAGCCAGGUCGCCUGUUUUUGGCCGUGUUCUCAAUAGAGAGCCAACUGCACCACAGCGCAUUCCUUUUGAGAAUCAUCAAAGAUUGGGUGAAUUUGGAUCAAGCGCUUCUGGUUUAAGUCACUCUCGUUAUUAUGGCGCUGAAACGCGACCACAAACAGGAACUUCUUCCUCAAUUCGUAGGUCUAGCAAAAAUCGGUAUAUGGGAAUCCCAAAUAUUAACGGAAAUAAUCCAAAAGAAAGUAAAAAUUCAGUUGCUAUACAAGGCAGCUUUCAGAAGCUUAAAGAGCUAAUUUGGACUGAAAGAGCAAAAGAAUUAAUAGAGCAACGUCGAGAUGAGGAAAUGGCAGCGCGUUCUGCUGCCCUUAAAGAAAUUGCAAACGGAAAAAACUUACUUUCAGAUUAUCAACAUCAAGCUGGUAGCUUAUCUGAUUCUCCAUUAAUGGAUGAAAAUCGAAGUCCUGAAGAAAAUAGAUACCAAGAUAGUGACGUCAAUCGGAAGUCAAUUCUAAAUGAGCAAAAUUUUCAAAGUAAUAAAAAUAGCCAUAGAUCUGGAUUCAGAGCAACUUCACGUCGCAUUGGAAAUUCCCCUUCUUACAAUAAUAAAGAGGUUCAAGCUAAUAAGGAACUUACAAGCUUGUUUUCUGGAAGUAAUAGAGCUGCCCGCCUGAAAAUUCCAGCCACUCAGUUUUUAUCAGAUGAUUCCACCGAAAGUGAUCCUUCCGUUGUUGGAAUCCCAAGAACAUACCCAAUACGAAAAUCACACUUCAGAGAGAGAAAUCGAUCACUUCUAAAAGAGCCGCAAAUAAAUGGUAAUUUUCAUCGCUUUUUGAGAGGAUUACCACCGACAUGGACUUCCAACAUGUCUACACCAGAAAUAGAAAGCAGUAACUUUUUACCUAAAGAAAACUUGUUAGGCAACAAACUGGAUAUAUUUGAACAUCAAAAUAAUCCGAAAGAUGAUAGCUAUUUGACAUCUUUAAAAAACAACGAUCAAUUAAAACUGUUAAGUGAACAAAAACGAGCAGCUGAUAGAUUUGAUCUUGGAUUCUAUGAGUACGAUAAUUAUUAAAGAGUCUGUGGUACCUCCCUAGUCGCUAAAUGUUUGUGAAAUAAAUCAGUCUCAUUAUUAAACAUUAAAAUUACACCUUAAAAUAAUGUAAUCUGAAUUGUAAAUACAGGCAAUUGUUAAUGUAAAUCCCUAAAAGACAUUAUAUAAAUUUUUAAUAUUUUUGAAAAUUACUAAUUUACAUGGAAUUUAAAUACCUUCAAAUUGGUUCUGACAUGGUAUUAAAAGUCUAGUUGAAAUGAAAUCAAAACAAUUUCUGGAGUAUUUAAUAAAUAUAAUAUGCUACAAGUAUACAGAUAUAAAAAAUACUCUUCACAUAUCGGAAAGUAUUGUCAAGUAGUUAGUUUGUGCCUCCCUAAUUUGAAAUAAACAUUGAGCGAAUUUAAUUUUGGUCGACUAUUUCGUGUUACAUCUAAAUGGGAAAACUCACCAUUAUUUAAAAAAUCAAAAUAAUUUUUUUUUUUAAAUAAUAGGAGGUGGUUAUAUAAACAACUACGGCGAACAUGACGAUGAUUCGAUAAAAGGGCAACUGACGGUCAACAGUGUAUAAACUGUAGUCAUAAGCCAUUAAUAUAUUUUUCGAGAUCAAGCAUGUUGACGAAUCAAGUAAUGUUACGUUUGGAAUUCACAAAACAAAAUGCUUCCAAUCAAUAACAAUCAAAUGCAAAUAGCAUAUUAUCGGACUAGUCACUCAAUAUCUACUCAAAAUUUUGAAAAACACAUUAAACAAAUGAAAAAAAAACACCUGCACGGAAGUACCUACUUUAAAAUUAUGUAAAACAAGAGUUUACUAUUCAUUAACUAUAAACAUAUCACGAUCUAUAAGUAGGUUUUACUUUUCAAAUACAUAUAGAAAAAAUUAAUAUAGUACCGACCUGAAGCUCAAUCCAGAUGCCAUUUGAAUUCCUGUUCUCGAACUUAAAACGUAUUGAUAAACUAACGAUCUGUAUUGAAGUGCAGCAUUACACUAUUGUAACCAAGAAAUCAUUAUUACGGCAUUGUCCGCAAAACAUAAAUGUACAUCCAUACCUGUCGUUAUAUACAUAUAUAUAAUUAAUAUAAUAUAUAAUAUAAUAAUAAUUAUUAUACUCAAUUUUUAAGCUCGUGCCAACAAUCGUUAAUAAUAAUGUAGAAAACAGAUAACUUAUCUACUAUGAUGCUCAUUGAAUUAUUUAAUCAACAGUUUUAAAAUAUUGAUUUUAGUUUUAGUUUAGAACUAUUAUACAACCUAUUAAUAACUAAACAUGUAAUUUAUUGGUGAGACAGUGUUUAGAUCAAAGCACGUAUCAGAGCUAUUUCGAAAUCAUCUGCUUUUCAUAUCCAACUUUUUCAUCCAGUAUCCACUCAUUGUAUUUGAAGGAAUGCCUGCGUUCACAAGCACAACCUACAUAAUAUUCGUUAUUAAGGCUAACACAUUUUGAUUCAUAUGAAUCAUUUUAAAACAUCAUGGUUAACAGUAUGGUUAAUAGAAUGGUAAACAGAACGGUUAUUUUAUUUUUAAGGUUUUUUUUUUAUUCAGAAAUUUGAAAUUCCUUCUAGAUGUUUCAAAAAUUAUACCAAACUAAAAAGGUUCUGAUUUUCUGAUACAGUUUGACCCCCUGAAUUAGGAAAUUACAUUUAAAAAAUGUACUUUUUGGUUAGUAUUUUAAUGUUUAUAUAUUUUGUAAACUAAGCAUCAUGAAUUCUGUAUGCCAUAAAAACUAUCGUCGCUAAAUAUUGAUUAAAUGGAGCUGGUAAACGCAUGCUGUAUUAAACUAAACAUGUACGUGCUUGUAGUGCUAUUAUAAAAUACAUAGAAUAUUUAAUUUUAAGUUCCUUGACAAUAAAUUAGAAUAUUGAAAUAAACCAUAUAAGGAAAUCAGACAAUAGGAUGCUUUUUAUCAGUAAAAGAAAAAUUGACAAGUAUAAGUCCAAAAUUAAAUAUCAUCAAAAAGUCCUAAAGUUGUCUACGCAUGGUUGGGGUUUUUGAUAUUAAAAGCAAAAUAUAAAGAAAUAAUUAAUUUAGGA